GCGGCGGGCGAAGGCUGCUGCAGCAAGUGCAAGAAGCGGGUGCAGUUCGCCGACUCGCUGGGGCUGAGCCUCGCCAGCGUGAAGCACUUCAGCGACGCCGAGGAGCCGCAAGUGCCGCCCGCCGCCCUGUCCCGCCUGCAGAGCCCGCCCGGCGAGGAGCGGGGGCCGCCGCCCGGCGAGGCCCCCCCGCCGCCCGCCCUCCGCCUGCUCCCCGAGUUCCCCGACGGCGGGGAGCCCAGCGCCGAGCGGCUGCGGCGGCAGCGCGUCUGCCUGGAGCGCCUGGGGCGGCCCCCGGCCCCCACCGACGUGCGGGGCACGGUGCAAGUGCAGGGCUGCCCCGGCCCCAAGGAGGUGACGGUGCGUUACACCUUCAACGAGUGGCUUUCCUUCCUGGACGUCCCGGCCGUCCCUUUGCCCCCGGCCCCGCCGGCCGCCGGCGACCCGCCGGCCCAACGCUACGGCUUCACCCUGAGCGUCCCGCCGAGCCUGCGGGAGGGCUCGGCCCUCCACUUCGCCAUCCGCUACCGCAGCCCGCAGGGCGAGUACUGGGACAACAACGGCGGCCGCAACUACACGCUGCGCUGCUGCGGGGGCUGCCCCGCCGCCGCCCCCCGCUACUGAUGCCGGGGGAGCCGGGGGGACCCGGCCGCGGCCCCCCCGCCCCGAGGCCCGGCCCGGGAGGCGACACCCCGAAAUCCGGUGCUUUGUGGAAGUGGGCGCUUCGGUUUUGCCAGCGAAGCAUAUGGAUGUGCGUAGGCUCGCAUUGCUGUGGCUUGUGGGAUCGUUUUCCCUUUUUUUUUUUUUUUUUUUCCUUUCUUUUGUUUGGCGAGAACGAGGAGCCUGAGUAGCGUGGGCUUUGUUUUUUCCCCUCUUGAAGUGGAUUUUUGAGGUCUUGAUUUGGGCUUGACUUCACUUACUCGGUUAGUCAGAGAUGCACGCAGAACUUGUGUGAAAACUUGGUGGCGUGUUUGCUACAGAUUUAACUUAGGAUCCUAGUUUUCCCGCUCUCGCAGCCAUUUCAAAGACCUAGUAUUGUGACAUUUUUGUGUGCUAUUUUUUUUUAAUUUUUAUUAUUAUUUCAGUUCGAUGGACUCCAUAACAAUACAAUUCACUGUUGCAAGCACCUGUCAAACUCAUGGCAGGCUUGCUUGCCCGUCCCACCUUUGCCGUGCCUGUGGCAGCUCGGAAUGACAGGCAGCCUGGAUCUGGGGCUGGAUCUGGGGCUGGACUGGGCUGCUCUGGUUUUUGUCCUUCAGCACACUUUGAUACCGCUCCCUGCCUUCCCCAGGCCUCCGUGCAGAUCCCGACUGGCUAGUAGCAGCCAAGAGGGACUUCUGCAAAAAUGUUUUUGCUUAAAAUAGACUGGUGACUUCUUUUCGCACAAUUCGGGACAAAGGAAGAGUUAAAAUAUUUGCUGAUGCUGGGUUUUUCAGGAGAACUUUGGUAACACCUUUGAGUAAUGCACUGUGAAGUAAAAGAUGGUGUCCGUCUCACACGCAGUUCUGUAUUUUCAGAUUUGGGGAGCAGUGACUCAUUUGGAUGACCUUCUUACGGAGGAGUGGCGAUGUGAUAUAGAGAGAGUGUCCUCAGUAAUGGAUGGAAACAAGUGCCUUAG